UUCUCGAAGCAGGUCCAAGAGUUCCGAGAGGGAUUUUGCAAGGAAAUUUUAUAGAUCAGGGUAACUAUCGUCAAUGCCUUGGUAUUAACAGAAAAAUCGAUGACAUGGUUAUUGAUGGGAAGUAUUGCCAAAUAAGCAUUGGGUUGGCAAGUCUUGUGAAAUUGGGAGGUACAGAUGAACUGAAAAACAUAUACGAAGCUGGUGACACUCUACUGCAUGAAAUAAAGUUAUAUGAAAGAAUAAGGAAAAAUUUUGAAGCUCUAAAUGGGAUAUCAAGUGAAACGACAAGUGGCAUGUUCAGUUUACUAGGUGUACUGGCCAUUUGUGGUACAAUCUACGAUAUUUGGAAUACACUUAUUCGUAAACGUGAUCCCAAGGCAUUGAACAAAAUUAAUCUGGCGUUCUCAGUGCACAGAAAUUGUCGCCGUCUUAUUACAUAUAAACCAGUUCGCGGUGCUUUAGAAUGUGUUGACGGUAUUAGAGCAAUAACUAUGGCUUGGGUUGUAAUCGGGCACACAUUUGCAACAGCACCACAUAUUGUUAAUAUGCUGGACGUUUUGAGGUGGGGUUUAUCUUCAAGUUCGAUAUGGGUGAUUGCAGCCCCAAUUGCUGUAGACACUUUCUUCUUACUAAGCGGUUUGCUGAUUGUCUACACUACUGUUGGGAAACUUAGCAAUAUGAAACUUUUAAAGAAACUCCAUCUGUUUUACCUCAAUCGAAUUCUACGAAUGUUUCCUCUACUAGCCAGUACCAUAUUACUGCAAGUUGGAGUUUUUCAUUAUAUUCAUGACGGUCCAAACUGGCACGAAGUAGGUGAAAGGACCCGAGAGUGUAGAAUAAACUGGUGGUCAACAUUGCUUUAUGUUCAAAAUUAUGUACCACCAAUAUGUCUACCUCAUACUUGGUACUUAGCAAUCGAUAUGCAACUAUAUAUUCUGUCUCCACUGAUUUUAUUCUGGGUAUUGUCUGGGAAAAAGAAUCGUGCCUGGUCGGCUUUGAUUGCUGGAUUAUUAGUUUGUCUCACUGCGUCAACAAUUUACAACUUCUUGAAUAAAUUUACUGCAACAAUGUUUCGACCUGCAUUAAGCAUGGAAGAGGGUCAAAGAUACUGGAGAAACUAUUACCUCAAUACUUUAACAAGAUGUUCCCCUUUCGUUGUUGGAAUGUGCUUUGGGUACUUGAUCCACUAUUGGCGUGAAAAUAAUAUUCGAUUGUCAAAG